CGCCGUGCGUUCGUGUGCAUAUAUGCGUCCCCUGCCAUCCGACUCGACGUUUUGCGCCAGGCAGACCGGCGUGAACUACGGCGAUGACCCCGACAGAUGCCAGAUAUGCUCUGUAGACUUGAGCAAGAAGCGGCUGCACGAGCGGCAGGCGCACUACGAAACACACUUUGGUGACGAGUCGCAGCGAAAACGGCGUGCGUCGAAACCCCCUGGUCAUACACCGACGAUAACGACGAAGAGCGUGAUGCCUCCGUUUCUUCGGCCGCAUGACCCCACGAAGGAGAACGUGUUCUGGUACCCCGCACACUCGCGCUCGCCGCCGCCUAACUUCACCCCGGGGCUCAUCCCGGUACUGAAGCGCGCGUUGCUGAAGAGCCACGCGCAGGGCAAAACACAGCGCGCGGUGCUGUGCUACGAGCGCGCGGUGCACGUUGCGACGGAGAACUGGGACAUGGGAUGGGGGUGCGGGUACCGGAACUUCUUGAUGGCCUGCGCGGCGCUCAUGGACCAACCAUUUCAACAACUUUACUGGCCGAUCAUCGACGCAGAACCCUCUCCCGGGGUUCGCAACUUGCAAACAUGGAUCGAGGCUGCAUGGAAGCAAGGAUAUGACGCAGACGGUGCUGACCAGCUCAAGCACAAGCUCGUAGGAACCAGCAAAUGGAUCGGCACGGCAGAAUUAUACGUAGCCCUCAUCUCCCGCGGCAUUCCCGCCCAGCUCGUCGACUUUGACCUGACCACCACCCCGCGCGGCGUCUCCGCGCUUCUCGACUGGAUCCAAUCCUACUUCACCCCGCCGGCGCUGCCCGCAAACACCGACGGAACCGCGAACGUGGCGGACGCCCUCCGGGGCGCGGCGCCGGUCGUGUGCACGGACCGGAUGCCGCUCGUGCUCCAGCACGCGGGCCAUUCGCGCACGGUCGUCGGGUACGAGCUCGCGCGCGGCGGCGAGGUGCGCCUCCUCAUCUUCGAUCCGUCGAGGAAACCGAAGAGGGAGCUCCGCCAGGCGGGCCUGGAAUCCGUCCCGCCGCGCGACGCGCUGGCAGCAGCAGCAGCCGGGCGCGCCGUUCCUCCUCCUCCGACGACGACGACCGGCACGACGCAGACCGGGGCGCCGUCGAGCAGCAAGGGUGGCGGCAAGCGACGGCACAUCGGCGAGCUGAUGCAGAUGGCGCUCCACCCGUUGCGGGGCGCGAAGAAACCGCGGACCGCCGGAUCCGGCGGCGGGUCGACGGGCGCGGGCAUGCACGACGCGAUCGUGGUGGACGCGAGCGACGGCGAGGAUAUCGAGGAGGUGGUGGAGGAGGAGGAGGAGGAGGAGGUGCAAUUUGUCGGAAGCGGCGCGAGCGGGGCGAGGCUCGUCGCGGGCGGGAGGGCGGCGGUGGACGCGCUCGAGCCGGCGAAGGUGCUGAACAUGUUCCGGUUCGGGGCGAAGGACCUCAGGAAGAAGAACAAGUAUCAGGUACUGUACUUCCCGAUGACGGACCCGCUGGACGAGCGCGCGAGGAAGGCGCGGAGGGUGAUCACCAGCGAGGUCGGAUGCUGAUCGACGCUAUCGUCCCACACACGGCAUAACAUCCAGUUCUGACAUUGGCGUCACUAAACUACCUUACAUAUUACCUCUCAUCAGGGACAUAAUAUAUGCCUGCUCUCUAUCGUAUACUCCGACGAUGUAUAUAAUACACGAGAAAAUGAAGUUUACUAUUAGAAGUCUACGCUGUUCACGCAGACGCCAUCACGACGUCCCCGCCUUUAUCCACCCCCACCCCUACCACCGCCCCCUUCCCGUCCGCGAGCCCGCUCAACGGGAGCACGUCGAGGCCCGCGACCGCGCUCCGCACCGCGCGCUCCCAAGCUUCCUCGACGCGGUACCCGCCCGCGCGCAUGACGCCGUCGCGGUCGCGCCGGACGGGCUCGCUCCACGGAUCGUCGUACGCGGGCAGGAGCGCGUACCGGUCGUCGUACGCGUCAUACGCGUCCUGCAGCGGGACGUGCGGCGCGUCCGGCACCGCCGCGCGCCGUCCCAACAGCCUGCUCCGGCUCUGGCUCUGCUGUUGGAGUUGGAGUUGUUGUUGUUGCUGCUGUUGGAGGGCGUGGGCGCGCUUGAGCUUUUCGACGGCGCGGACGGCCUCGUCGGCGUCCUGCGCGCCGGCGAGGGUGUCGAUGAGCGAGGUGCGCUCGCGCUCGCGCGCGGCUUUGAGCGACUGGUCUUCGGAGGCGAGCGCGCGGGCGCGGAGGAGGCGUUCUUGCCGGGCGAGGUCUUCGGACUCGCGCAGGGCUUGGGCGGCGGCGGAUUCGAGGGCGGCGUUGGAGGCGGUGAGGGCGGCGUUGGCGGCGCGGUAGGCGGCGAUGCGCGCUUCGGUGCCGGGGAGGUCGAUGUCGUUGAUGAGGUUGAAGGUGAUGUCUUCGACUUCUUCGAGGUAGUCGUUGUAGGCGCGGAGAGAGUCGAAGUCUUCGCGGCGCUUGUUGAACUCUUUUGCGAUGCGCCGCCGGAUGGCGACCUCCUUCUCGACGCCGAGGUCUUCGAACGUUUGCGGCAUGAACGCGAGCUUGCGCAAGACCUUGUUGCAGAUCGGGCACGGCGCAGGGCCGAGCGUGAACAGCCGGUCGAUGCACGAUUCACACAUUUUGUGGUAGCACGAGCUGACGAGCAGGCGCAGCUUCGGGUUGAGGUAGCGGUCCGACUUGCAGACCGGACACUGGUCGUCCAUCGCCUGGCGUCGGUUCGCGGUCGGUCAGUUUGACGGAGCUUUAUGCCUCGGCAGGUGCGAGACUGACGAAGUACUCGGCGGUGCGCCCGGACGGAUCCUUCACCCCGCCCGCGAACACGCCCGUCGAUCCGGUGUUCUGCACGCUCGGCGUAUGCGACCGCGAGCUCGAGGCCGUGCUCGCGGUCCCGCCUGCGCCCUUGCGCACCGUCGUGCCCUUCAGCCAUCCCCCGACGUUCGGCCGCGCCGCCAUGGCUGUCGGUCGUCAGCAACCUCCGCUUCUCCGCCCCUGAGUAGUACAAAGCACCAAAUCUCUGAGUCAGUCAACCAGGUGUGUGCGAGCAAGCUUUCAGGAAAAGGAGGAC